AUGUCAGAGCGGGUUGUCUUUAGCGAUUUCUGUCUGGCCCAGACCUCCGAGCGGCGAGUGGACUACCAGAUUGCAAUGGCUUUCGGUUACAGUACGAGAAUGAACUAUCGCCGUCUGGAGAGCCACACCCAUGCAUUCUGGGAUCUCAUCCUUCACGACCUAGCGCAGGCGAUAUCGAAGCAGGUCAAAGUAAUUCCUCAGCUCACGAUCACGUCUUCCGCCAGCAUCAACAAACUCUCCCCCGAGACCUCCCUGCGCUCCACAUCACCAGCCAACAAAAAGGAAUGCACACCGGACUUCACUGGCGUGUUCAUGUCUGCUAGGAUACGCCAGCAAGCCAUGGAUGUGUUCCGUCGGCUCAGCUUCCCCGAUGUGACCAUUCCCAGUUCCCUCGCGCACGUCUACCAAGACGGGGCGAAUCGGCAAGGCAAGAUUCCUCGUGGAUACGAUGCUAUAGCCGUAGACGACCCCUCGAUGACUAUGUUCGAUCUCUCUCAGCCAAGCUCCCAGGGAUUCGAAGCUCUGGAUCUAGAGAUGGUCAACUGGCCGGCCCUGAAAAUCGUGGCUGUAAUCACGUUGUUUCACGUAGAGCUCAAGAGGAUGGUCACCCGUCGUUCCGACACCCUGGAAGGGUUCACUAGUGAACUCAAUUCCGGCUUCCUGCUCGCCAACACAUCCGCUAAGAAGCAAGCAAGACUUAUAUUCCAAUCCGAGCCCGAGACUAAAUGGAUCAUCACCAUUGCAGGAGUGGGCGAAUGGUGGCAGUUCAUGAUCUCGACUCGCGACCCCAAAGAGAGGGUUCAGAUGUUCACCGAUGUGUCUUGGCUCGACGUCCUCUAUUCAAAAAGCCCCGCGCAAAACGAGGCAGAGGCACAGGUCCCUCACAAUAACGCCCCUCGACCCAGCGACUCCGAUAAUCCAGACGAAAAGAAGGCCCCAAAAAAGUCGAAGAAGCGAAACCAAAUCAUGAAGUUGCCGGUCAGCGCACCUGAGGUGGAGGUGGUUGUCGAGCCAGGUUUUUUUGCGGACGACGAGGACGUUGGGAACCCAGAAGAUCUACCCAGUGGGUAUGCGACAGAGGAGGAGGAAGGUGAUCGUCAGUUCGCAAGGCUUAAGCUCGUCGAAUCUGAGGAGCCCUUGGAGCAAUUAUUGUUUUCCGAAGGAGACUCGAAUUCACCAGCUGAAGCUGGCCCAUCCCGGCUGUUAUCUGACCCUUCUACCCUCCUCGCACCCCCACCCCCCACUGAUAGCACCGCGAGUACAUUGCGGGCUGUAUCUUCCAGGAUCGGAAACGCUCUCGCCACGGCGCGUAGUAGGGCCAGCAGGUCUCGGUCCAGGGCCCGCGGCAGCCGCAAAUCGUCCAAGACCAGAGAGCAAGGAUCUGCGGAAGGCGACUAUGUGAUGGUUGGCAACGAUGUUCACCGAUGGGCUCAACUUAUCGAUAGUGCGGAGGAACCGUUUGUUCUCAGACUCAGGACUGCACUCCCUGAGUCAAAUACGUGGAGUAACUCGAUGCUCAUCGGUUCUCCGGCGUCGAACCAGCGCCUCUAUAUCAUUACCCGGCUCCUGCGGGAGGAAGCUGCUCGCUUGGCAGUAGUGUAUCCUCCGCUGGUUCCGAACCCAGGCGCAACCAAUCUCUGA